AUGCUCCGCCGACCACAAGUCAACAGACCAACAGCGAAACCGAAACCAUCCUUUCCCAAAGCUCCCCCCGCUGUCCCCUCAGCAUCAGCAUCACCAGGUGCCCCAGCAGCAGCAGCAGCGCAACCACCACAGCGAAGCACAUUGGCCGACUGGGCAGCAACAGAGGAAGAUGAAUACCUCUACAGCGCCUCCAACGAGAAGCGUCAGCGUGGCGGCAGGAGGAAAAAGAAGAAAAAGGCCGACGAAAGGGAACAAACAAACUGGGACGAGACCUACGACCCCGCCCGCCCAACCAACGUAGAAGAAUACCUCCGAAGCGACGAACGAAUACGGGAAGUAAGAGAGUGGAAGGAAAUCCUCUACGCCCACAGACGCAAGUCACGAAGCCAGGAUCGCUACACUGAUGAGGACGAAGACGAGCCAGACCGCAGAGGAAUGGGCAUGAACAGCCAGUUCGCACCCCCUACCUCGUUCAACUUUGCACCGCCGGCCAUGUCACCCCCAAGAACAGCAGCAAAUAUACCAGACGACGCAACCGGUGACGACGCGUACGCCCGCCGUUUGGCCUUGUCACAACAACAACAACAACAACCACCCCCUCCACCACCGCCCGAUUCCAGCCCCUUACCACCACCUCCCCCCACCGACACCGCAACCAUAUCCCGUGCUCCCGUCCGAUACUCCCCACCACCACCACCACCCCCAACCGACCCAGAAGCAAUGGACCUCGACUCCGACCCCGAAGAACACGAAGGCGUAGAUUACUCCUCCAUCAACGUGGCCGGCUCCCUUCCGCAAAAGACCCGCGGCAAAGCCUUUGCAACCAAGCUAAUGUCCAAAUACGGCUGGACAGCCGGCACCGGCCUCGGCGCCUCCUCCUCCGGCAUCACCUCCGCCCUGUCCGUCCAGCCUCUCAAACGCAAGAAGAAAUCCGACGCGGAAGGCGGUGGCUUCCGGGAUCCGGCUGCUGCUCAGGGGCGCAUCAUUGCCCCCAAGUCACUUUCCACUCCCUCACAGCCGCAACAAGACAACAACAACAACAACAACAACGCCGGGCAAAAGAUCAGCAGGGUAGUGGUGCUAAGGGAUAUGCUCCUCAACAUUCCCAACCUGGCCGCUGAAGUUGAGGCUGGGCUGGGGCAGGAGAUAGGGGAGGAGUGCGGGGAAAAGUAUGGGAGGGUGGAGAGGCUGUUUAUUGAUCAGAGUGAAAGGCUGGGGGAGAACAAGAGGGUGUAUAUCCAGUUUGUGGAGGAGGUUUCGGCUUUGAGGGCAGUCAAUGCCCUCGAAGGAAGAAUCUUCAAUGGAAACACCAUUCGGGCUGGGUUCUACGACGCGGAAAAGUUUGAGGAAGGGGUUUAUGAGGAGUAG